AUUACUAUCAUAUUAUGCUGGUGGGAGCUCAAGAAGAAGGAGCAUUACACUGGCUUGAUGACUACGAGAGAGGCAGCAGGUCACAGAAUAACAAGGGUGUUUCGUGUGCGGACCCUGAAGGCAAAUCAAUGUAUUAUGAGCUGAAAUUCCUGGCAGCAACUGUGGCAGUUCAGCCAAAGACUGACUAAGAACUGUAACCCAAAGUACAUCCAAUUUCUAUGGGAUUAAAACUGGGUAUAUUUUUAAUUGACUUUCUUCAUGUCAAAUGUAUACAGCCCCACUGUUUGGGAUUGCAUGCUUUUUUAAUAUUGCUGUGGCUAAACUAAUGUGACCAACAGAAUGAGAUAUAACUAAACGAGAUUGCCAGUAGUUACAAAACUUUUCUUCUUUGGCCAGGACCACAUUUGUCUCCCCCAAAGCUCUGCAACCUCUAUGCUAAAAAGUUCAUUCUGCUUUUUUGCCCUUGCUUUGGUGAAACAAACGAACAGUAGACUCUCCUAAAAUUGCAAAGGAAGGAAACAUACAGAGCCAACCCUGUUGUUUAACUCUCAUGCUAAUAAUGGGAGACAGGAAGCCAGCCAAAGGAGCCCGGCACACACAGCACCCCAGUAUCACAGAGUGUGGGGACGUAAAGGCGAAUGGUGAGCAGAGGAUGUAAGUCCUGAGUCCUUCUACACCUCAUCUGCUACAAGUUCCAGCUUAGAAAAUGGAUAUGCUUUGUGAAGAAAAUACUUCUUUGAGCUUAACUAUGAACUCCUUAAUGCAAUUAAAUGAUGACACCAGACUCUACAACAAUGACUUUAACUCCGGAGAAGCUAACACUUCUGAUGCUUUUAACUGGACAGUAGACUCUGAGAAUCGAACCAACCUUUCCUGUGAAGGGUGCCUCUCACCACCGUGUUUCUCCUUACUUCAUCUCCAGGAAAAAAACUGGUCUGCUUUAUUGACAGCUGUAGUGAUUAUUCUAACCAUUGCUGGAAACAUACUUGUCAUCAUGGCAGUGUCUCUAGAGAAAAAGCUGCAGAACGCCACCAACUAUUUCCUGAUGUCACUUGCCAUAGCUGAUAUGCUGCUGGGUUUCCUUGUCAUGCCUGUGUCCAUGUUAACCAUCCUGUAUGGGUAUCGGUGGCCUCUGCCCAGCAAGCUCUGUGCAGUCUGGAUUUACCUGGAUGUGCUCUUCUCCACCGCCUCCAUCAUGCACCUGUGCGCCAUCUCCCUCGACCGCUACGUCGCCAUCCAGAAUCCCAUCCACCACAGCCGCUUCAACUCCAGAACAAAGGCAUUUCUGAAAAUAAUUGCUGUUUGGACCAUAUCAGUAGGUAUAUCCAUGCCAAUACCGGUGUUUGGGCUGCAGGAUGAUUCCAAGGUCUUUAAAGAGGGGAGCUGCUUACUUGCCGAUGAUAACUUCGUCCUGAUUGGCUCUUUUGUGUCAUUUUUCAUUCCCUUAACCAUCAUGGUGAUCACCUACUUUCUAACUAUCAAGUCACUCCAGAAAGAAGCCAUUUUGUGUGUGAGUGAUCUUGGCACACAAGCCAAACUGGCUUCGUUCAGCUUCCUCCCACAGAGCUCCCUGUCUUCGGAGAAGCUCUUCCAGAGGUCGCUCCACAGGGAGCCCGGGGCCUACGCGGGCAGGAGGACUAUGCAGUCCAUCAGCAACGAGCAGAAGGCAUGCAAGGUGCUGGGCAUCGUCUUCUUCCUGUUCGUGGUGAUGUGGUGUCCCUUCUUCAUCACCAACAUCAUGGCAGUCAUCUGCAAGGAGUCCUGCAACGAGGACGUCAUCGGAGCCUUGCUCAACGUGUUCGUGUGGAUCGGCUACCUGUCCUCGGCCGUCAACCCGCUCGUCUACACGCUGUUCAAUAAGACCUACAGGUCGGCCUUCUCCCGGUACAUUCAGUGUCAGUACAAGGAAAACAAAAAACCGCUGCAGCUCAUUUUAGUGAACACUAUACCGACUUUGGCCUACAAGUCCAGUCAACUCCAAAUGGGGCAGAAAAAGAAUUCGAAGAAUGAUGCCAAGACAACAGGUAAUGACUGCUCCAUGGUCGCUCUAGGAAAGCUGCGGUCAGAAGACGCCUCCGCGGACCACAGCAACACAGCGAAUGAAAAGGUGAGCUGCGUGUGACAGGCUGGUUGCCGUGGCAACCGUGGAGGGCGCACAGAACAAGUUUUCACCUCUCCAGGAAAAGGAAAAUAAAGUAAGGGGACCGGAAAAAAUUAGGCCAGUUGAGUGGAACCAACAACAAUAUCUUACAUGCCUCAUUUUAUUCUGUCAAUGAAAAGCAGGGUUAAAUGCCACAAAAUGUGCACUUGGAAAAUGUUCUGACAGCAUUUCAGCUGUGAGCUUUACGAUACCUAUUUUUAACCUUGUAAAUGAUAUGUCUUCAAAAUGUUAGCUUUUAUUGUCUAAUAAUGAGGCCCUAAAUAAAUCUAAAUUAAUUUCUAUUUUCAAAUGGAAAACUUGCUACUGUGUUGCCAAUGGAUGGCAUAGGAUUGAAUUCAUCACCUAUUGCUGUAAAUAAAAAUGGCUAUAAAUCGUGAAAAAAUUGUUGACUAUAAUGGGCUCUAAAAUAAAGAAUUCUCUUUAAAACCUACCAUGACAUAUAUUUUGAAAGAAAAAAAAAGACACUAAGGACAGUGCUAUGAAAUCUGUAUUGCUAAGAUAAUUAAAUGAAAUACUUGACACUAUUUUCCAUUGCUGCUUUUCCAUAGAUGUCAUUUUGAAAUAUUCACCAGAUGGCUGACCUUUGCUGCAUUUCAAGUUAUUUCUCAGAAGUGAAGACUAUUUUAAAUGUUAUUGAAUAACUUUCGCUGCUUUCUCUUCUACUUCUUGUGCUUUACUCUGAAUUUCUAAUGUGGUCUUGUUUAAUAUUUGUUCUUCUAAGUAAACUAUCAAAAGGACAAUUUAACAAUACCAAAUACAUUUCUAGAAAUUGCUCCUCUAAAAGAGCAGCAUAGAGGUGUUUGGUAAUUUGCUGUGAAGUGACUGCAUUGUGCAUGCGCUCCUUUGAGCUAUAUGUUGACGUAGCUGUGUCAGGAUUGAGGGUGAACUCAGGUUUCUGGCUAUUGACAGUAAUAGAGUCAUAGAACAUCUCUGGAAAAAAGCAUGUGGCUUUCCUGUUGACACUCAUCAUGUAAAUUGAUGCUUUCAGAUUAAUCAACCCAUAUUAUUUAUUAAAAUUGUUCAGUUUGAUUCUACAAUCAUCUAUUGAGUAUACACUUAUGUGUGAAGCAAUUUUCUAGAUAUGAGGGAUAUAAAAAUAUGUAAAAAAAGAUCCUUGCUCCUGAAGAAAAUGACCCAACAGAAAAGGUCUUUGUCAAAAAAUAGAAACAGACUUAUUUUGAGAAACUGUUCAAUUUAUUUCCUUUUUACUGGUUCAGAAACAAGUUUGUUUCAACUCUGAGGGUAGUUCCCUCACUAAGUCUUCCUGAUCAGUUAGCAAUGAAUGCCAAUCAAACAGAAGAGGGGAGAAAAUUAGUUGAGGUCAAAUAUUGCAAUUAAUUUAGACAUGUGCACCUCAGUCUGGACCCAAUUUGUAACUACCAAAGUUCUGAACAAAUGUUUUGUUCCAUUUCUCUACAAACUCAUUUAUUUUAGUACUACUCAAUAACACUGGACUCCCUAAUUUAAAAAAUGUAGAUAAUAUUUUAUAAACACAGCUGCUAAAGAGAGAAAGAGAUUAGCAGUAGUUAAUCCACCGUGAUAUUAUAAUACUCAAGGUUAAAUUGCACAUUGUUAUUGAAAUAGAUGGUAAAUAUAUGAUUACAGUGCUGACACAUUUCUAUUAAAUGAGAAAUAGUUUUGCCCUUCGUUUUUGGAAGAAACUACAGAUUUGAAAACUAAAGAAUGUGAGAAGUGCCAUUGUGUAAUUUGGAAAUGCGUUUGGAAAUGCAUAAAAUUCUAAUUAUGACCUUAUAGUGAAAGAUGGCUCACCAUUUCAAAGCUAGAAUUUAUAAUUUGCCACAAGUACCAAGGCUGCAUUUGAACUCAACUACUCUUUAAUAGUAUAUAAAAAUACCACACUAACUGAUGAAAAUGUAACUGUUAAAAAGCCUCUGCUCUAAUGUAUUUUGCCUUAGUUUAUAACUGCACACAUUUCAUCGCAUAUUAGGGAAAAGAUGACAGAGUCCAUCCCCAUAUAUUCAAUCGUGAUCAAAAGGGACAUUAAUACAGCCUGGCAGAAGUCUUUUGACUACAUAUAUAUUACAAAUGUGUAUGUGUUUUUUUUCUUCCAUAAGUACCUAUUCAAAUGUAUACUGUAUAGACAAACAUGUAUCUGUAUAUAUGUACAGACAUGUUCCCAUGCACUUUAUUCAAUAUUUAUAUAUUUAUAUGGAGGAAAAUCAAGUCAAUGAAAACAGUCAGCAUAUAUACACAUGUGUGCAUGUUUGUAUCAUGUUGAUUUAAAUGUGAAUUCAUGUUCUGAUAUUCUUGACCUUCCAUUGCUGUCAAAGCAGAUUAAAGUGUAACAAAAAUAUCAGCUCUUUAAAUAAACUGGAAGUUGAUUUAACUUUGUGGAAAAACUUUAACAUAAUUCUAUAAGGAUGGUGAAAACAAUGUCCAUAUGUACAGUUUAUGGAUCAUAAAUAAAAUGGUACUUUGGUUAGUCUGGGGAUUUUCAGACUACGACAGCUUUAAAUGAACUCCUUACUCCAGUGAAACACAAUCCCACAUGAUUUAUGGAUCUGUGAUUAAGGGAUUCACUCCAAGUCAAUACUACUAAAAUAGAGUAACAAACCUUACUCUACUUUGAGUUGAAUGAUAGAUUCUUCCAUACUUAAAGAAAUUAAAUACUGUAAUUAGAGAAAAAUGCUUAAAGCAUACUUCAUUUACUUGGCUAAGGCGCCAUCUCAUGGUCAUUUUUUAAAGUGCACCCAUAGCUCCGUUGAACUAAGUUACUAUACGGCUUUUAGCAAAGGGUGCUUCUCCCAUUUGUGCAUCGAUGAAACCUAUUUAUAAAGCAUUAAAUUAUUUUUUGCCAUAUGUGACAAAUACAUUGUAGAUUAUUUUACGUACUUAUUUUAGUCAAGGUGAUUCUAAAAGAUUUUAAGGAAGAAUAAGUAACUGUAAAUAAAGUAAACUCAAAAUUGAAUGCAAUUUUAUAUGGGUCCAUGGCUGUGUCUAGUAAAGGCAAUUGCCCCCCAAAUUUCCAGGUCAUCAAG